GGAAAAGGUCCGGGUCGCGUUUCCGCUCCCUGCUUGCCAGGGUUGAAGCGAUUCCAGAGAGCAGCGGCAGGGAUAAUCCUCGGCGGUGAGAGUUGCCGGGAUCUCCGCGGACAGGGGCAAGACGGUAUUCCAUUGUAGUUUUGAUUUGCAUCUCUUUGAUGGCUGAAGAUCGUGAGCAUCUUUUCAUGUAUUUAUCGGCUGCCUGAAUGUCCUCUUUAGUGAGGUAUGUCUGACUGCAGCAAUGAUACCACAACUCUUGAUGCAUCUAAACCAGCCACAGAAGAUAUCGAGUCUAAUUCUGAGGAGUCUACCAUGUCUCAAGAAUCUCCCAAAAAUUCAGCAGCAGAAAUUCCAGUGACUAGUAAUGGAGAGCUUGAUGAAUCUCAUGAACAUGGCUUUAAUAGGAUGUCCUUAGUAUAUAAGGACUUGAAACGUUCGUUACCAGCUGGCCUUGGUCUCUCGGAAACCCAGAUUACAUCUCAUGGCUUUGACAGUACCAAAGAGGGAGUUACUGAAGCAGGAAUGUUUCAAGGUUCCCCAGCACCACCGUUGCCAUCUGUUAUGUCUCCUAGCAGGGUUGCAGCUAGCCGGCUGACUCACCAAGGAAGCGAUUUAAUGGUUCCUGCAGGUGGCCAGAGAACACAGACAAAAAGUGGACCAGUUAUUUUAGCUGAUGAAAUUAAAAAUCCUGCAAUGGAAAAAUUAGAACUUGUUAGAAAAUGGAGUCUAAACACCUACAAGUGCACUCGACAGAUUAUCUCUGAGAAGCUAGGCCGUGGCUCAAGAACUGUGGACCUUGAACUGGAAGCUCAGAUUGAUAUUUUAAGAGAUAACAAGAAAAAAUAUGAAAAUAUUCUAAGACUGGCGCAGACAUUGUCUACCCAGCUUUUCCAGAUGGUGCAUACCCAAAGGCAACUUGGAGAUGCAUUUGCUGACCUGAGUUUGAAGUCACUAGAACUCCAUGAAGAGUUUGGCUACAAUGCAGAUACCCAGAAGCUACUAGCUAAAAAUGGAGAGACUCUUCUUGGAGCCAUUAAUUUUUUCAUCGCCAGUGUGAACACUUUGGUGAAUAAAACUAUUGAAGAUACCUUAAUGACUGUGAAACAGUAUGAAAGUGCCAGGAUUGAGUAUGAUGCCUAUCGCACUGAUUUAGAAGAACUGAAUCUUGGACCGCGUGAUGCAAACACUCUGCCAAAGAUUGAGCAGUCACAGCAACUGUUCCAAGCACACAAGGAAAAAUAUGAUAAAAUGCGCAGUGAUGUUUCUGUCAAAUUGAAAUUUCUAGAAGAAAAUAAGGUUAAAGUAUUGCACAAUCAGUUGGUCCUUUUCCACAAUGCCAUUGCCGCUUACUUUGCUGGGAAUCAGAAGCAGCUUGAACAGACACUUAAACAGUUCCAUAUCAAGUUGAAAACUCCAGGAGUGGAUGCCCCAUCUUGGCUGGAAGAACAGUAAUCACAUCUCUGGGGAAGAGUUGCAUUGUUAUAUUUCUAAACAAACCUAAUAAGAAUUAAGCAGAGUUGGGGGAAGUGGGAAGGGGUGACAACCAUUGUAGUGAUUCUUGUACAAACAGCUUUAAUUUUUCCCUUUUUCAUACUUUUAACAAUUAAACUGCUAAAUUUAAUGGGAAUGUGGGUGGCUUUAAUGUAAACAUAAUUUCUAUAAUCUGGACACAGUAAUUUUCCUUUUUGAGAAAUCCUCUUGUAUGGUGAGGAUUGAUGGCUAUUUCUUUAGUUUGAAAACAUCUAACAUAGAUUUGCACUGACAAGAUAAAAAUUCGAGGUUUUUGGUCCUGGAAAUGAGGGCCAGUUGUAACUUUUCCAAAGGGAGGUUUACAUGAUUUAUAUCAACAUCAGAUAUUUUAUAUAAGAAUAUAUUCAACAUCUUUAAGAGAUUCGUUUUCAUGUAUUAAAGAAAAAAGAAACUAUUUUGCAGAAUAAAAUUAUAUGGUGUUCCUGCAGCACCCGCACAGAGGCAACAGCCCUCAUGAAUGACUGGUUGGCUGUGGAGUUGUGGCAAAUACCUUUUUAAAAACGAAUCUGUACCAGUGUAAGUUGUUUACACUUUUUCUAAAGACGCAGGAGUCACACUGUCAUUUCGUGAGGUGUUUUCAGCUUGUGAAUCUGCAUUACCCAAAGCCACUGGGCAGUUAUGUUACCAAUUUGUUUUGAUUCGUAGUGAAACCUUCUUAAGAGAAUUUUUUAACAGGAGGACUUAGGAAUAGAUUCUUGACAGUUUCUGGAGUAGAAAUUUGAGUUAGCAAAGUUAGUUUUGGGGUAAAUUCCAUUUUGAUAGAAGCGAAUUCCUUGACAGCUUUUAUUGACUUCCGUAUAUAACAAUACCAUUUAAGCCUUAAAUCACAGAUAUGUGCCUUCUCAGAUACAGUAAUUCUUGUUUAGCCUAUGUACAUAGCCCAUAAAGAAACCCCUUUCAGAUAAUGUUUAAUGUAUCUGUUCCUUUUUUGGAAAGGAAUACUGUGUAUAAAUUUUGGGUUUCUUUGUACUCAUUAAACCAGGUUUAAAGUUCAUGGUGAAAUCAACUUUUGAGUUUACUUUUUUGUUUUUCUUAAUUCCUUUUGAGGAAUGGAAACUGGAAGGGGCUUUUUUGUGUGGGUAAUGAAGAGGUAUGUAGGAUAGUGUGGUGGUACAGGAAGAAGGGAGAUUGGAAAGGCCAGCACUGUUUUAGUUGCUGAGCAGUGUUGAUUAUGUGUUAUGUGGGUGGCUUGUCCACUGUGUGGUUCUAUCAGUAAUAUAAUCUUUAUUAAAUGUAAAGGUUUCUUAAUUUUUGUCAUAGACAUAAAUUAAUAUUUUGAGAGUUCUCUCUUAACCGGUUCAUUUCUUCUGUGUUGAAAUGAAUUACUUAAAAUUACCAUUAGACACAAAUUUUGUGGACUGUAAGAUUUGUUAUAUAUGUUCAGACGCCUUUUAGCUGGCUUUUUAAUUAUUAUGCCUGUUUUCAGUGCUUAAUACAGUGUAAUAUGAUUAUAAACUAUAAACUUAUUUUAAAUCAUUCCUUCCUGUAUAUUUGUACUCUGAGAGAGCCUUAUUUUAUUCUUCCAGCAGAAUUCUUGCGAUAGUUCAUUUACAUUCCCCAGAAUGUGCCUCUGGUGUGAAUUUUGUAUUCUUAUUAAAAGUGUUUACUGCAGUA